GCUUGCAGAUUUUACAAAUCUAUACGAAAUUUUGUAUAGCAAGAAAUUUAAAACGACCGCAUAUAUUUUUAUAUUGAUUUUUUUACAAAGACAUACUUUAUAUCAAUUUCGCGAUUUUUGAAACUCAAACAACUCAACCAACAAAAAAUGUUGCGCAUACCAGGAAUGCCAUUUCUACCAGGCACUACUUUCCGGGAUGUAAGUGCUAGUAGCUCAUUAAUAUCAAUGUUUGUGCAAUACUAUGAGUACAUAGGAGUUUACUUGUAUGUUUGUACUCGCUACUAUGUUUGUAUUUUAUCCUGCCAGAUGUCUCGUACGAAUUUCCCGAAACCCCAGAGCUUGAUGAAUUUUCAAGGCAUCAGCAUGCUGAACGAUCGCAAGCCGCCAGCCAUGGUGGAUUCCGGGGGAAUGUGCAUUGAUAUUAAUUGUCCACCCACGGCCACACCUUCACUUUAUCCCCCAAAGACUGGCCCUAAACUACCGCCAUGGAUUGCCUACGACAAAAAAGUACUCGGUUUCGACGCUUUCUUCAAGGAAACUCUACAUGAGGUGUACAAUGCUCCAUAUCAAGUACGUAAAGUGAAAAUUAUGUACUACCUCGAAGAUGGUACCAUGCAAAUCAUUGAACCGAAAGUCGAUAACUCUGGCAUUCCGCAAGGUUGCCUGGUUCACCGUCAACGUAUACCGAAACCGCCGCCAUGUCAAAAUGAAUUUGUCUCAAUAUUGGAUUUGAAUGUUGACACAAGCAUACAAAUAUUUGAUCGCACUUAUUAUAUAACAAAUUGUGAUAUUUUCACUCGCCACUUCUUGAAUCGUUCGGGUAUAGCCGUGCCCGAUCCUGUCGAUAUGCCAGUUGAUCCCACGACUGAAAUGCGAAAAAGAUCGGGGAAGAAGGCGCAUAAUCAACCACCAAAAAAACAUUCACUCGCACAGUUCUUGGCUUUUGAUCGACAAGUACUUAAAUUCCUUGGUUACUGGGAUGAUCGUUCGGAGUUUGGUGACGUACGAAAAUUAGAAGUAUGUUAUUAUUUAGCUGACGAUACGAUAGACAUCAAGGAAAUUUUUCCACGAAACUCAGGCCGGGAAGGUCCAUCACUUUUCCUCAAAAGGGGCAAACUACCGAGGGAAUUUAAUGGACUUCCCCUACCUGGCCAAGAAACCCCUCAAACGCUGUUGAAUGUCCUGGGCACGAGCAUGCGAAAUGUGCGCUUCACCAUCGAUCCACUCAACAUGGGCGAGAAGGAGGUGCUCUACUAUACUGAUCGCGAUUUGCAAAUUGGUACAGUUCUGAAUGUAUAUGGACGUGCCGUAGUUCUUACAGAUUGCGAUGAUUACACCCAGGGGUAUUACAGAAAACGGUACGGAAUAGAAAACUUUACUCCUGCACCUACACCAUCACGCGGUGACGAUUGUGCGCCAACUAAACAGAAGGAACGUAUACUGCCUCCCUACAAUGGUUGGGGUUCGUAUGAAGAUUCUGAGGGCAACUGCAUCUCGGUCGAGCCCAAGCCGCCCCAGACGGACUUUAAGAAAUUCAUUAAACUUGAUCGUUAUGUACUUCGUUUUGGCGCAAAACUGCUAUCCACUAUCCGUGAGAAUUGUGAACGUAUUUUUAUUAUUUCAUAUUACUUAUCCGAUGACACAAUACAAAUCUUUGAGAUUGCCGAACGCAACUCUGGAUUUCUUGGUGGCGAGUUCAUGAAGCGCACUCGGAUACCGUUGCCGGGGCAGGAAAAGUUCACGUCGAGGCGCCCGCAAUACUAUCAGCCAUAUAAUUUGUAUAUUGGCGCAACAAUAAGCCUGAAGGACCACAUAUUCCACAUUGUUUCGGCUGACGAAUACACACUCAUCUACAUGGAACAUCAUCCAUAUGAGUUCCCAAUGGCUGAUAUCAAAUCAGUAAUGGCGAAAAUUAGCGAAGCUGCAAAGGCUGAUUACAAAGGCUUCCUAUGUCAAUGCCUACCCGAGGGCGUUGAGUCUAAUAAAGAUGUUCAAUUUAUUGGUUUUGAUUCACUUAAACGUGCUCUUAUAAAUCUUUUGGGCGACAAGAUCACUAACCACGAAAUCAUUACGGUCUGUCGCUAUUUCUCCGCGGAGAAAGCACCGCCGCAGUCAUGCAAUCGGGAAACGGUACGUGCGGCUGUUCAUUUGGAGUUGAAGCGCUCUCUAUGGAAUGCAAUGGAUGAACUGAAAGAACAUUUGCAUCACAUCAAUCCACUCAACAAGCCAUUCCUCUCCGAGGCUAAACUACGUUCCACAAUGAAAGGUUGCCGUUUACCUUUCGUUCCAGAACUAAUCGACGAUCUGCUUAGCGUUUUGAACCAUAAUGACUGCGGUGAGGUUGAGGUGUGCGACUUCCUUAACUUCAUAGAUAUGGAAUGUGGCAAGGUACCCGACAUAGCGCCAAUGAAUAUAAACUUUGAGCUAUGCCCCAAGAUACCUUUCCUGCAUAAGGGCCGCUUGGUGAAUAUCACCUGCUUCCUUCAGCAUCUGGGCUUAGAUGAAGAUGCAAAGCCAAAGGAAGAUGAGGUUGUUUAAUGUGAGGUCUAAUUGGACCACUGAAAAGAUAUAC